UUCUUUGCACAUGAAUCCCAAUAUAACACAAUUCGUAGAUAGAAGGCAGAUACCUUACAAGAUCACGGGCACUACUAUUUCGUGCAGAUCAUCAACUAGUGGUCAUAAUCAGCUACAAAUGGACAAUUAUACCAAGAAAGCCAACUUCUACGAGGUGCUAUCUCUUAGCACUAAAAUUGUGGGUUUGGAAGACAUAAAGAAGGCUUACAGAAGCAUGGCUCUUCAGUACCAUCCCGACGUUUGUCUUGAUCCCUCCGCAAAAGCGGAGUCAACAAGACGGUUCAUUGAGGUUCAGAAGGCCUAUGAGACACUCUCAAAUCCGGUUUCGCGUAAAAUGUAUGAUUAUGAGCUUGGUUUGGCUGAUUAUAAUAGUCUAGGGUUUGGGAUGGAGGGAAAGACAUCGGUUUUUUCUAAGGAAGUGUGGGAAAACCAAUUGCAUGAAUUAAGGAGAAGGUCCCAAAGUAGAAUGAUGAAGAGAAGAAAAUAAAAUUAGGGUUGAUCGUGUAGGAUUAAUAGAUAUGCAUUAUUUAGAAUCCUUUUAUGACGCCAUUAAUAU